UAGUGUUGUUGUUGCGUAGCUUAGGAUACCAGCUUGGAAAUGUUUCACGUUGGCGUGGAAUAUAUACACAGAGAUGUAUUUGUGUAUAUACACAGAGAGGUGAACAGGGACAGCAGAUGUAAGGAAACAUGCCCAACGUUUCCACUCGUUCGGUGAUCGAACCCUGGUCCCUCAGUGUGUGUGAGCUGAAGCCGCUACCAAUUAAGCCACGAGUACCCACUGAACUCCCUAUGAAGGGUGGGAUGGAUCUGAACCUUUAUGAUCCACAUGCAGACAAAAGGCUUUAAGCAUAACGGGACAACAUAUUUUGAUCGUCACUUGUGUGCUGACGUUCGUCAUGACUGUCUUGAGCAUUUGCAAGAACUGUAACGCCUUGAUGAAGAUCCUUAUAAGAAAGUUUCAUUGCGGUGUGUGCGUGACGGGGACUUGGAGUCUGUUGCUGGUGCUCGGCUACCUCCUCAUGCAACAUCCCACACCCCAGCCUCGUGAGGAGCACGAAUCUCUUCACUUCCUGACUAGGCGGGCGUACCUGGUGCAGGGAAAGUACCUGAGUAAAUACCUACCCUACGUGGUGGUGCCUGUGGUGGAAGAGACGUUGGUAAUGGGAAAUGUUCUUACUCAAACUUCAGAGAGAGUGAUGCUACGACCAGUGACGCUCCGUCAUUCAGAGCCUCCCCGUACGACAAUCUCUUACCUCAUCAGGGUUAUGCCUCCAAUGUUCGCAAACAUGCCGAAAGACGGUGCUGAAUGGAAGCCUUGGGGACCUAAACUGAAGACGAUUAGUGACUACUUCAGGUACCUGCAGACACCUCAGACCUCCUGUCAUAAGCUAAUAAGGCUUGGCGGUUCAUACUGCAUAGCCAAAAAGGACCAUCAAUAUCACUUUGACGGCCACAAGUACGUGUGUGUGGACUCGGCUAUGGAGCUCCUAGGAAACAGGGACCCCCAGGCAUGCCUCGUUCUCUCCUUCGGCACAGAGAGGGACACCAGCUUCGACGAGAGCGCAUCGGUUAUCCCCUGCGAAAUACAUAUGUUCGACGUGUUAAACUACAACCCGGAACUGGCCAAGUUUAACGACAGUGUCUACUUUCAUGUGGAAGGGCUCUCCGACAAGAACAUUGUUAAGUUUUACUCCAACCUUAACAUAACCAACAGGCUGGACACGCUGAGGGGCCACAUAUUUAAACAUAAACUAUUCCCACGGCCCAUUAACAUUCUGAAGGUGGACAUCGAGGACAGCGAGUGGGAAGCCUUCAGAGACAUUGCCCAGGACCCACUCUUUGAUAUUGUUGGUCAGGUGGCGAUAGAGGUUCACGCACUUCAGGUGGCCUACCUGUACAAGACACCCGAGGAGAAGCUGCGGGCGCUGCAGGAUCGAUACGACGUUCUCAGGAUGAUAGAGGCUCGUGGCUUCCGUCGAGUCUUGUACUGGGACAACGACCAAUCUACAUUCUUGUACGACGACGAUGGCACCAAGCUGCAGACGGUGGGCGAGCUCCUCUACGUGAACACAAACUGGUACAACAUGACCUUUAAGAAGGAACUAGCAGCAGCUGGGAUCACCUACCGCCGGGCCAAGUGA